AAGUUUCAUACAGACGAAUGAUGAAGCUAUCCAUCACCCUCUCAUGUACUACGGAGCUAUGCGCUAAUAAUAGCCAGACUGUCAGGUCCAGCCAGUUCUGUCUGUCACGAUCAAAACCAAAUGUUCUCGGUUAUCCGUCACGAGAAAAAGUAGCAUUCUGAACCUCUCAGAUGCACGCACGGUACAAUGGCGGCCACCGGUGGUUGGGAUUGACUUGGAUCUUUGUGGAGCACGGUGGACGGUUGGCUAUCACGCAAGAAAUCAACGACAUUUUUUUUAUUUUUUAUUUUAUUUUUCUCGCCCUUCCAGUCGUCCAGCCUCUUUUCUCCUCGCGCCAAGAGGUGACCCCCUCAUUCUCGAAUGGGGCCAUCCCCACCAACGCAGUGUCGUGGCCAUGCGUGAGAGGGUUCUCUCCCACACACCUGCGUAUGCCAGCGCGGGCGGCGGCGGGAUACUGCGUCAGUAGCUUCUCCAGUCCCCAUCAUGUAUGGAAGAUCUAUCUGUCUCUCCCGAUGCGCUGUCCUACAUUAGCCUACAUACAUGUUGCAGCGAAGCAUGUCCACACCCCCCUCUCCAUGGUUUCUCAUGGUGUUGACCUUGCCUGCCACUCCCUGUCAGCCAGUCGAGACCGUCAAUCACCCAGUCAACAAGCCAGUCAGUCUCUCGCAAGCCUCGCUCCUUCGAUCCCGCCAGAAGGUCGAGAAGCCGUACCUACAUUCAGGACCGGUAGCCGGAGGGAAAGCCCUGGGCCAGUUGCCAGUUGCAGGGGAAACCUGGAGGGGCGAGACGAGUUCAAGAAGCAAUCACCAACAAGCAUCUAUUCCGAGGAGAAAUCGCAUCACAAUUCGCUGGCUGCUCUACGGUAAGCAGACGAACUCAUGAGGUCGUAUCUACCAAGAGAGCUGACUGGUCUCUUGGUAAACUGGCGUCCCCGAGCCCAUACCGGAUCUUGGUCGGCACGUCCCAGCACAACCGUUCCAGACAAUAGAAAAGAUGGGCAGGUGUUCCAGGAACUGGACAUCG